AUGAGCUCGAAAAAACAACGGUUGGAAAAUGAGGAAGCAGCAGCUGGACCCAGCAGCCGCUCCACUUCCGUUUCCAAGAAAAUUUUGUUUCUCGAUGAACAUUACCUUGGAGAGGCAGAAGAGAUAACUAACGAUCCUCUGGUUUCAACUAUCGUCGACUACGAUCCGGAGUUUUUGGAAUCAGAAUCGGAUGAGGAAGAGAACGAGCCGCUGCGUGAAGGAUUCGCCCAAGACAAAUUACCUUCUGGCCUUUAUGGUUGCUGGCCGUUAGUGGCCACACGUGUCGCUGGUAAUUCUGUUAUAGAAUUCAUCAAAAACUGCUGGCAGCUGUCACAGAAAUUCCUUAAACGGGAAGUUUUGUUUAAGUGCGAUGAAAGUGGCAUUGGAAAACCAGUUUGGAGUGAAAAGAUAGGCCCGGAAGAAGAAGAUUUUGUGAAAUUUGCCCUUUUUAACGAUAAAACCAGCCACAGAACCCUCCGUCCUGAUCAACUAACAGAGACAAUUCUCCAAAACUGGAGAACUAAGAAAAUACACUUGUUACUUCAUGUUUAUUCAACAUCUGUGAACAACAAAGCUGUUUUUCAAUCUGUUCAGGAACUUUUGCUGGGAAAAGGCUCAGCUGACAAAUCCGGUGCUGCAUCCAACUCCACAAUAGAUGCUCUUGCUAAAAAGCUACGUGAUAUACAUGGUCAUUAUUGGGAAGCCCAUCAUAUUGCGUGGAUGAUGUGGGCCAAUGUAAUUUUAGUGUCGGAGUCGCACGUUCAAGAAACGAUGAUUCACGAAGCACCCCCUGCUCAUUUAAUCAAACUGUUUCAAACGAAGGAGCAGCCACGUUUACAAUCUGUUGCCAGGAAUUUUUCUAUGGCCCACAGUGUUAAUCAAGGUUACCAGGACGAUGUGUUGGUGAUUAGGCGUAGUUAUGACCAGCUGGAAGGCAUGCUAUCGAAUGUCAACAAAGGAAUGAAACUUCUGAAGAACCAAAUCGAGUUGAUGGAAUCGCGAGCUGCAAUGGGAGAAUCAUUCAUAUCAGCGGCGGAGCAGGCGGUGCUAGUCGAUGAAACUUCCUUUAGUGCUUCAUUGGCUAGCAAAGUUAUAGACGCAGAGGAUGUGGACCACAUGUUAUGAACACGGAGGAAAAUGGUUGAAUUUAGAGUAGAAUAAAUUAACUUUGAUUUGAUUGGUAUUGUUAACUAUUUCAGGACUCUUGUUUGUAAUAUCAGAGAUGUUUUUUUUAA